GACCCUCAGUCUUGUGACCCGCUCGGGAAGCGGGAGCGGUAGAGGCAGAUCGAGCACUUCGACUCUGGGGUGGGAGGGGUGGGAGCGAGCACCUCGCGCGCACUCCAGCUCUGCCUAUCCUAACCCGGGCGAGAGAGCACGCGCUCACGCGCGCGCCACUCCCCCUCCUCUCUGCACCCUCUGCUACCCCUCACCCCGGCCUCCGGAGUUCGAAGGGCUCGGGUCCUCUCCGCCCUCUCCGCCUCAGCCCCCGCGCCCCGCGCGCCACGCCUGCUCUUGCGCGCGUGCCUGCCUAGCCACUAGGCUUUGCCCCUGGCAGCACUGCUUCGUUGUGGGGAGGGCGACCAAAGAACAGGAGGAGGGAAUCCCCUGCUCUGGCCUGGGGGCAGGGGACGGGGGGAGUGGCGUCCGGGCUUUCCCUUUGCAGCUGCCUCCGGCCGCUUCGAAGUUAAGAGGUUCGAACCCAGGAGGAGGAGGAAGAAGCCGAGGGGCUUGCUGGCCGCUUCUGCACUUUUUUGCCACCUCUUUCCCCUUCAUUGCUCUGUUUCCGCACCCCCUCCCCUUAUCUCACCAUGGAUGAUAAGCCUCUGCUGCAGGAGAGACCCCCUGCCUACAACCUGGAGGCCAGCCAGAGCGACUACGCUUACGGGCGGCAUAACUACGGGGCCAUCCCGGUCGCCCCUACCCAGCCUGGACUCCAGCCAGGCUUCCAACCCGGCUUCCAGCCCCCGCCGCCCUACCCUUACAACGUUGCAGGUCGGGCUUCAUAUGCACCUCGGCCCUACAACAUUCCACAACAAGGUAUGGUUCAGCCUGUCAGUACCAUAGUAGUCGUCGGAGGCUGUCCAGCAUGCAGAGUUGGUGUUUUGGAAGAGUCCUUUACCUGCCUAGGUAUCAUCUUGGCCAUUCUCUUCUUUCCUAUUGGAAUUAUCUGCUGUUUUGCUUUAAGGAGGCAAAAAUGCCCUAACUGUGGAGUAGUUUAUCUUUAAGUGGAACAACGAAACCCAGCUUUCCUAUCCCUCCUUUUCUUUUUCUAAUGUAAAUGUCUUGUAUAAUAGCUUUAUUUGAUCAAGUAUCUGAACUGCUUUGUAAAGUGUGAUGGGAUAGCCAAUGUUUCUUGGGCUUGUGGUUUGAAAAAUAUGGAAAAAAAGCAAUUUUGCUUUCAAGGUUAAUGAAAACUGAUUUCAAACAUGGCUUCUUUGUUUUUGCAGUUUUCACUUUGUGAAAAUUGAGAAAUGCUGUUUUUAUAAAUGAGGUUUAUACCGUUUUAACUGGUCUUGCUUAAUUUGAUGUUUGCACAUUGUCACUUCUGUAUAUUUUUAAAAAAUAAAGUUAACUCACUUCAA